AUGUCUGACGCAAAGGCAACUGGCGCCCAGCCCAACCUCGCCGCUCUGGCGAGCAGGAACUCGCAAGCCGUCCGCCGACGCGCCGCGCAGCAGGCUGCCAACAAGCCCAACUCGCCACGAGCGGCAGGAGCGGGUGGCUCGUCGUCGACCAUGAUGCGCCUGUACACGGACGACAGCAAGGGUCUCAGCGUCGACCCCGUCGUGGUUCUGGUUCUGUCGAUUGCCUUCGUCUUCUCGGUCGUGCUCCUCCACAUCAUCGGCAAGUUCAUGAGGUGGUUCUCCAAGUAA